CUCAUUAGCCGUAGAGUGAGAGAUCCCGUGGAGUGAGAGAUCGAGAUCAGAUCCUAACGAGGGUUUCAGCGUCUCGAUCGUCUAUCUCUCUCUCUCUCUGUCGAGGAAUUUACGCAUUGCUUUAACCCUAAGAUUUGGAGUUCUUCCCCAGCCCCAGGCAGAUGGAGACGGUACCAACGGCGGCGGAGCAGCAGCAGCUGGUGUUGUCCUUCCUCGAGAUCGCCGUCGGCCAGACCGCCGCUACCGCGACGCAGUUCCUGCAGGCAACAAGAUGGAGGCUUGAUGAAGCUGUUCAACUCUUCUAUGUUGGCAAUGAGGACGGUGGGGUUGCUUCGUCUGCCUUGCCCCUGCCCAUCAAUGAACGCCCUAGUGGACAGGUGAAUUUUUUUGGCACCACAAGUUCGGUGCCACGCCCUCCAGAGGAUGAAAUACGUCCGCCAUUGCCUGUCAAAAGAGAGACUCUUUAUGGGGACAUGCCUUUGUUCAGGCCAGUGGAUGCAUUUCACAAUUUUGAUGAGGGGUCAAAACGAUCUGCUGUGUGGGAAUCAGAUGAAAGUGCCCCAUCAACAUCAAAUGGUUCCCGUGAUAAUCUUGCUUCUCUAUAUAGUCCACCUUUUGCCUUGAUGUACCAAGGGCCAUUCGAGCAGGCAAAGGUUGAGGCUUCUGUUCAGGGCAAGUGGCUGUUGAUGAAUAUCCAGUCCAAUGAAGAAUUCAGCUCACAUAUGCUUAACCGUGAUACAUGGUCGAAUGAAGCCAUGGCACAAACAAUCCAUAGCAAUUUCAUAUUCUUUCAGGUGUUGCAUGAUACCAGUGAGGGGAAGAAGGUCUGCACCUACUACAACUUGACUACUCUUCCUGCAGUUCUUGUUAUCGAUCCCAUUACUGGACAAAAAAUGAGGGGAUGGAGUAACAUGGUACAUCCGGAGCGUCUGUUGGAGGAGUUGCUUCCAUUUCUGGACAAAGGACCAAAUGAGCAUCAUGCUAUUCUUCCUCAGAAGCGUCCAAGAGUCACCCAUAAUUCUGCACUCAAUAAUAUACUAGACAAAGAAGUUGAGGAUGAUGAAGCGCUUAUGCGUGCAAUAGCAGCUUCACUGGAGGAUGGUAAAGGUGCUUCUUGGCCACCUGUAAUUGAUGAGAAAGAUUCCGAAACCAGCUUAAAUGGAGAGAUGAUUUAUCCUCCUCUUCCCGAAGAACCAAAAAGUAGCAGAGAACUUUGUAAAAUUGCGAUCCGUCUCCCUGAUGGACGUAGAAUCCGGAGAAAUUUCCUUCCAACUGACUCGACAAAGCUUUUAUGGUCUCUGUGCUCCUCACAGUUGGCGGAUGGACAAAAGGGACCUUUCCACUUUGCCGAAGCCAUUCCUGGUACGUUGAAGAGCCUGGAAUAUGCAAACAACUUAACUUUUGAAGAAGCAGGCUUAUCAAAUAAGAUGAUCACCCUAAUUUUGGAUUGAUAUAGUGAGAUCAGUGGCACAAGGCCAGUAACUUGCCAAGGGUUUCAGUUGUCCGAGACGAAAGCGUUUUUUUCUUUGCUUUUUUGGCUCUUCUUGCAGCUUAAAUAGUCUGUACAGGCGAAAUGUUUGAAUUGCUUAAACAUAAACAACUAGUUUAUGUUUCGUCCAACUCGAUUGGAUGCCGUAUCGGCACAAACUGUAAAUUGCUAAUUUAUCAUUUUGUGCAGCAUUAGAGAAGAAUCGAAGCCCCAAAAGUGUUAACAAUGUCUGCUACUCUUAU